GUUUAAUUACAUGUUCAAUUACAUGUUCAAUUACAUGUUCAAGAUGAUUCGGUUACAUAGACUUCUAACCGUGGCCCAUCUAUUUAUUUUGGCUAGUUCCGGUCUUAUUUACCGAGGCGAUAAGCAACCAGCCUUCAGCUCAUCAACACAUACCUAGUUGAGAUCCUUUGACUAACAACUCUUCUCAAAGUUCACCUCCUUUUCCAUUCUAAAUAAUGUCUAAGUUUCCAAUUGGUAAAGAUGCGCCUAGGGGGUUAACUAUGUUAGAAUCAUUAAAACCGCUUGUCGGCAUCGAGAAGGUUGAGGCGUAUUUGAAAUUGGCCUCAGAAUCCCAAGACCCGAAGAAUCAUGAAUGGAUGACAGCUAUAACGCCUUACUUGUCUAUUGUUUCGCACUCGUCCUCUCCGCCGCAUCCUAGUAUCACUUUCCGGUUUACUGUGCAGCCUAUCCAUAGCAACGGUCUCGGUAAUCUACACGGCGGAUGCGCAUCUACUAUUUUUGAUGCAUGCACUACGCUGCCGCUGCAUCUUAUUUCGAAGCCCGGCUUUUGGCAGUAUACGGGCGUCAGCCGCACGCUCAAUGUUACGUACCUACGACCAGUUCCAGUUGGUACCGUCGUCGAUAUCAAGUGCGACAUCUUGCACGCCGGUCGCAAUUUAUGCGCUCUAAGAGGGGAGAUGAGGACCGUAACCAAAGACGGCCGGGAAGGGCCCUUGUUGGUUGUUUGUGAGCACGGAAAAGCCAGCACAGAUCCGCCGGUCGGGAAGUUGUAGAUAGAGGUUGUCUGUCGUUUGCCUCUGAUGAAUGUAGCAGGAGGGGCGGUAUGGCUGGCAGGAUUUAUGUCAAGGGAUAGCUUUAAGACCUCUGGCAGAAAUGUAAAAGACUUGGCAUACGCGUCACAGCAGUUCGGAAAUCUUCAUUACUCCUAAUCUGUUCUUUGGUCUACCAUAGGGGUAAUGCGGUGUGACGAGUUACUGUGUUGUUUAAGACAUGAGGCAACUUCGCUUCGAGCUUACCGACGCACGGUUUUUAUCGAUAGGUAGGUUGCCUACUUUUUUUAUCCCUAAUUAAUGCAGUGUUAUCUAUAAGUCCUGGCGAAUAGAGCAGCACGAAUCUAGCGUCAUUGUCAUUCGAGGC